AUGGCUCCCCACUCCCGCCUCCCUGAGAGACGGCUCUCCUCAUUCGGCUCUUCUGGGGACGACUUCUCCCGCAGACUUAAGCUCCGCCCCCAAUUUCUCCCAUCCUCCGGGAGGCCGCUCUCCAUUGGCGCCUUCCCGGACGGCUCGUCUUUCUGGGUUAAGCCCCGCCUCCUAACCGCUCCCAUCCUCGAGGAGGCGGUGCUCGCCAUUCACUCCUUCCCCGCCCCUCCGGGCCCAAGGCUUGCCUCCGAGGAGAGACGGCUCUCUCCAUUCGUCGUUUCCCGGAGGGCCCCGCCCCCUCGUUCCCAUCAGCCCUUGCGGUCACGGCCGUUGCUUCCCUCGGCGUCCUCGCUUCCGUGGCCGCGGACGCUGAUUGGCCCCGCUCGGGCGGAAGUGGGGGCGGGCGCUGGCCCGGUUGCCGCAGUGACCGAGCGGAGGGAGUGGGGAGAUGGCGGCGUCGCGUCGCUCUCAGCAUCACCACCACAACCACCACGCCCCGGGCCCGCGUCCCCCGCGGCCUCCCCGCGCCACGGCGGCCUCCCGGCGCCUCCGGACGCGGACGGGGGAGGAGGCGGCGGGCCCGGGGGCGGGGGCGGGCCCGGGCCUGAGCGGCCGCGCUCCCCAGACCCCGCCGACAGCGCCGCUCCGGCUCCGGCUCCCGCGGCGGCGCCCGCCGGGCCCGGGCCCUGCCCCUGCCCCGGGCCCUGCCCGGCCUCUGCCGCCGCCUCUGCCGCCUCGGUGCCCCCGGUGUCCUCGUGCUCCUCCUCGGCCUCCUCGUCGACCUCGUCCUCCUCGUCCUCGGCCUCCUCCGCCUCGUCGUCCCCCGGCUCGCUGGGGCCCAGCCCCUCGGACAGCCCCCCGGAGGCGGGCCCGGGCCCGGGCCCGGGGCCGGCCGUGAGCGGCGCCCUGCGCGAGCUGCUGGAGGCCUGCCGCAACGGGGACGUGGCCCGGGUGCGGAGGCUCGUGGACGCGGCCAAUGUGAACGCCAAGGACCUGGCCGGCCGCAAGUCCUCCCCGCUGCACUUCGCCGCCGGUUUUGGAAGGAAGGAUGUGGUAGAACACUUACUGCAGAUGGGUGCCAAUGUCCAUGCCCGAGAUGACGGUGGGCUGAUUCCUCUCCACAACGCCUGUUCCUUUGGCCACGCCGAAGUUGUGAGCCUGUUGCUGUGCCAAGGGGCAGAUCCAAAUGCCCGGGACAAUUGGAACUACACGCCUCUGCAUGAAGCAUCUAUUAAGGGGAAGAUAGAUGUGUGCAUUGUUCUGCUGCAGCACGGAGCCGAUCCAAACAUUCGCAACACUGAUGGGAAAUCGGCCCUGGACCUGGCAGACCCUUCGGCAAAAGCUGUCCUCACAGGUGAAUACAAGAAGGACGAACUCCUAGAAGCUGCUAGGAGUGGUAAUGAAGAGAAACUGAUGGCUUUACUGACGCCUCUAAAUGUGAAUUGCCAUGCAAGUGAUGGGCGGAAGUCCACCCCUUUACACCUGGCUGCAGGCUACAAUCGUGUCCGGAUAGUCCAGCUUCUCCUUCAGCACGGCGCUGAUGUUCACGCCAAAGACAAAGGUGGGCUGGUGCCUCUUCAUAACGCGUGUUCCUACGGACAUUAUGAAGUCACUGAAUUGCUUUUAAAGCAUGGAGCUUGUGUUAACGCCAUGGAUCUCUGGCAGUUCACCCCUCUCCACGAGGCUGCCUCCAAGAACCGUGUAGAAGUUUGUUCUUUGCUGCUCAGUCACGGAGCUGACCCCACCUUAGUCAACUGCCACGGCAAGAGCGCUGUGGACAUGGCUCCCACACCAGAACUGCGGGAGAGGCUGACGUAUGAAUUUAAAGGUCACUCUUUACUACAAGCAGCCAGAGAAGCCGACCUGGCCAAAGUGAAAAAGACGCUUGCUCUGGAGAUCAUCAAUUUCAAGCAGCCCCAGUCUCACGAGACAGCUCUGCAUUGCGCCGUGGCCUCCCUGCACCCCAAACGUAAGCAAGUGACAGAGCUCCUGCUGCGGAAAGGAGCAAGUGUAAAUGAGAAGAAUAAAGACUUCAUGACUCCCCUGCAUGUUGCAGCAGAAAGAGCUCACAAUGAUGUCAUAGAAGUUCUGCACAAGCACGGCGCCAAGAUGAAUGCACUGGACACACUUGGUCAGACAGCUUUGCACAGAGCGGCCUUGGCAGGCCACUUGCAGACUUGCCGCCUCCUGCUGAGUUGUGGCUCUGAUCCCUCCAUCAUCUCCCUACAAGGUUUUACAGCUGCCCAGAUGGGAAAUGAAGCCGUGCAGCAGAUUCUAAGUGAAAGUACACCUGUGCGCACUUCAGAUGUUGACUACCGGCUCCUAGAAGCAUCCAAAGCAGGAGACUUGGAAACUGUGAAGCAACUUUGUAGCCCUCAGAAUGUGAACUGCCGAGAUUUAGAAGGCCGCCACUCGACCCCCCUUCACUUUGCUGCCGGCUACAACCGGGUGUCUGUGGUUGAGUUCCUCCUCCAUCACGGAGCAGACGUUCACGCCAAAGACAAGGGUGGCUUGGUGCCCCUCCACAAUGCCUGCUCCUAUGGUCACUAUGAAGUGGCGGAGCUCCUAGUGAGGCACGGGGCAUCUGUCAAUGUCGCUGACCUGUGGAAGUUUACGCCUCUGCAUGAAGCAGCCGCUAAAGGAAAGUACGAGAUCUGUAAGCUUCUCUUAAAGCACGGAGCAGACCCAACUAAGAAGAACAGAGACGGCAACACACCAUUAGACUUGGUGAAAGAAGGGGACACUGACAUCCAGGACUUGCUCAGAGGAGACGCUGCCUUGCUGGAUGCUGCCAAAAAGGGCUGCCUGGCCCGAGUGCAGAAGCUGUGCACACCCGAGAACAUCAACUGCAGAGACACGCAGGGCAGAAACUCCACCCCACUGCACCUGGCAGCAGGUUACAAUAACCUGGAAGUAGCCGAAUAUCUUUUGGAACAUGGAGCGGAUGUUAAUGCUCAAGACAAAGGAGGCCUUAUUCCUUUACACAAUGCCGCAUCGUAUGGGCACGUGGACAUUGCAGCAUUGCUGAUCAAGUACAACACGUGUGUGAAUGCUACCGAUAAAUGGGCCUUCACUCCUUUACAUGAAGCGGCCCAGAAAGGAAGAACACAGUUGUGUGCCCUGCUGUUAGCCCACGGGGCAGAUCCAACCAUGAAGAACCAAGAAGGGCAGACGCCUUUGGACCUUGCAACGGCCGAUGACAUCCGAGCUUUGCUGAUCGAUGCCAUGCCUCCAGAGGCUUUGCCCACGUGUUUCAAGCCUCAGGCUACUGUUGUGAGUGCCUCCCUCAUCUCUCCAGCCUCCACCCCAUCCUGUCUUUCUGCUGCGAGCAGCCUCGACAACCUCGCCGGCCCUCUGGCAGAAUUAGCAGUAGGAGGGACUUCCAAUGCUGGGGAUGGAGCAGCGGGGGCACAGAGGAAAGAAGGGGAAGUGACAGGGCUUGACAUGAAUAUCAGCCAGUUCCUCAAAAGCCUGGGCCUUGAACACCUGCGGGAUAUCUUUGAGACCGAACAGAUAACCCUAGAUGUAUUGGCAGAUAUGGGUCAUGAAGAGCUGAAAGAAAUAGGCAUCAAUGCAUAUGGUCAUCGUCACAAAUUAAUCAAGGGGGUGGAAAGACUUUUAGGAGGGCAGCAAGAUGAGGAAACUGAGGCCCAGAGGGUGAAAGUGACUUACCCAAGGUCUACCAAGAAGUGGCAGAGCUGGGAUUCGCACCCAGGUCCUUUGACUUCAAAUCUAGCCCUCUUCCCAUUACCUCAUCCUGAUCAGAGGAGUGAGUGUACCAACCAGCUAGCUAGCGAAGGAGGAAGCAGCACAGUUGGCAGCGUUUUCAGCACCAAUCCUUACUUGACUUUUCACUGUGUUAAUCAGGGAACGAUCCUGUUAGACCUUGCUCCGGACGACAAGGAGUAUCAGUCAGUAGAAGAAGAGAUGCAGAGUACAAUCAGAGAACACAGGGAUGGAGGUAAUGCCGGAGGUAUCUUCAACCGAUACAACGUCAUCAGGAUUCAGAAGGUCGUGAACAAGAAAUUACGAGAACGAUUCUGUCACAGACAGAAGGAGGUGUCCGAAGAGAACCACAACCAUCACAAUGAGCGCAUGCUAUUCCACGGCUCUCCUUUCAUUAAUGCCAUUAUUCACAAAGGAUUUGAUGAGAGACAUGCCUACAUAGGGGGCAUGUUUGGUGCUGGCAUUUAUUUUGCAGAGAAUUCUUCUAAAAGUAACCAGUAUGUUUAUGGAAUCGGAGGUGGCACUGGCUGCCCCACACACAAAGACAGGUCCUGUUACAUCUGUCACAGGCAAAUGCUUUUCUGCCGCGUGACCCUUGGGAAGUCCUUUCUCCAGUUCAGCACCAUGAAGAUGGCCCACGCGCCCCCUGGCCAUCACUCUGUUAUUGGCAGGCCUAGUGUCAAUGGUCUCGCGUAUGCAGAAUACGUCAUCUACAGAGGGGAACAGGCAUACCCGGAAUAUCUCAUCACGUACCAGAUCAUGAAGCCCGACGCCCCCGCCCAGACAGCAACAACAGCGGAACAGAAGACCUAGGAUAGCCUGGGCUGCAGCCAGAUGGGACUUAGACCUGAGACUGGAUUACAUGUGAUUGUUUCCCAAACCAAGACGCCCUAUAAAAAUCCUGACAGCCUAGAAACCAGCCGUUUGUCUUUUCUAAAGCAUUGCUCUAGUGAUGACUCUGGUCCAUGCUCUGCUGCUCCUGUUGCCUUUGCCCAUGGCUCAUGUAGCCGGGUCGAUCGAGAACAAGAUUGCUUGGGUCUAGACUGGGGGACGCUGUGAGCAGUGGUGUUCUCAGCGUGCUCGGGCUGGUUCAUUUACAUACAAACUACACAAAGCCCAUGCCCAUGGACCACACAUUUUUAGAGAUGCGUAAUCAGCUAUUUAUAUUUUUUUUGGGGUGUGUGGGGGGAACAAUAUUUGAAAAUGAGCCAGGACCUUCUUGAGAAUAUUUUGCACAGUCCAACCAACUAAAAUCCUCAGCGAUGCAAGGCAAACUUGCAUCCUCACCAAGAAGGGUUUGGGUCCAAUUCUUCUCUGGUUGUUGUUUUUAUGUUUGCGCUCAGCAUAGAAUGCUUUGCUGUACAGAACAGAAUGAGCGUUUUCUUUUCAAUCUGGCCUGUUUUCCAAGGGAAGGGCUUCGUGAGCCUGACAUGAGUUUACAGCCACCCAAAGGGUGGGGGGCGCAGAGCAGGUGACUGCCCCCCAUGGUCAAAGUGCCGGGGUGUCUCCACUGAGUUUGAUCCAGGCGGGAGCUUUCUGUCAAUAGAUGGAAAUGCUCCUGAGGUGACAGGGUCCAUGAUGUACCAGGGUUCUGAGAGGCAGAGCCCUCCUUGCCCAAACUCAGUCCGUGAAAGCGGUCACCUGCACUAGUGGGUGCUGAGGGUGUGACUGAGGGACAGAAAAGCGAUGAAAUGGCAAGUGGAGGACAAGCCUCUCUGUUGUGAAAGGUCCUUUUUAGGAAGACCAGGUGAGUGUGAGCACAUGAGGCAAGGCAGGUUUCCCUCCCCAUUUCUCGCUCUAAAGUUUGAGCUUUGUCUCAAUUCAUUUGUUGGGUUGGUUCAGAAUGUGCCCAACCUCUUCCUAAUCAAGUGUGGACACCCCAACCCUUGCUGAUGUGUGUCAGAGGUACACUCGGUGGAGAUGGCUCAGCUCAGCUUUUCGGUCCAUGGGUCAGGGUCUUGAGGUGAGAAGACAGGAGACCCUUCGCCUUCACCUGCUCUAGAGUAAGUUGUCCCUUCCUUGUCUUGUGUUUGCCCGUGACUUAUUAUACCUUGGGGUCUGUGACCUUGAAGGUCAUCGACCUUGAAGCAGGAGUGGCCAGCCUUGGAUGAGAAGUCUAGCAAAGCUGUCUAAAGCCAACUUGGAACAUUCUUUAAAAGACCCUGCUAGCUGAUUUCCCCCAUUGUCACCUGAGGCAGCCUACAGUUAAGGUAUCUCGCAGUCCUGUCCAGAAGGUCGGAGACAAUAUCCCUGCAUUUCUUGUUCAGACUCUUGGUUGGAGCCCACUGCCAGCCAGCCUGGGCAUUUGGGGCCUCCAGGUGUGGCAUCACGAGGGAGCCCCUGGACAGCUUCCGCUGAAGAGUCAGUGGUCAGAUCUUGGAUACUCUGGGCCUAUAGCUUGAAAGUCCCAGUGGCCACCUAAGUACAAGUUUGACCUUCGUUUUCCACUUUGUGAUAUGAAAUGAGAGGGACUUGCUCUCUUUCAUAGUUGAUUUCCCUUCCUGUGAGAAGUGCCCAUCACCUACGUUCCCUGUGUAGGUGUAGUUCUCCAUGAUAAACAGCCAUAGAGCUCAGUGAAGAGAUGGUUCAUUAGCAGUAUCGAUACGAAAGGGUUCAGAAGGGAGCCAGCCUCUGAGUCUGUUAGUGUUGGUGCUAUACCCCUGUGCUAAUGGAAUGAUUGAGGAUGCUGGGUUCAGACUAGCACCUUAGCGUCCGAAGUGGUGAGAAGAGUGGAGGAGUGUGCAAGGAAGACCCUUGGACUAGCUCUUGUGUGGUGGUGGGUAGAGUCUGAGAAAGCACCUUUGGGAGAUGGAGUAGACAGGCCUCCUCUGUUGGGCCAAGUUAGCCAAAGCCUCCAGGAUCCCUGGGAUUUUUCUGCAGUAGAUCCCCCUUGGGUUCAGAUCUAAAGUCAUGUUCACCAUUGUACUCAAUGGUUAAGAAAGGUCUAAUGCAUUUGGAAUAUACACUUACAUAAGGGUGAAUUUCCCUUCUCUUCUUUGAAGAAAAACGAAUCAUCUGGAGGUCAUUGCUAUGAUCUUUCUAAAACUGACAUCAAUUUGUCUCCUAAGCCAAGUAGAAAAGAUGGACAGAAAAUGCAAAAAUGUUGUGCUAUUUGGCCUGGCACCAUUGGAUCUGAGAGACAGGGCCUUCCUGGCAUGGAAACUUCUCCUUCCCCCCAACCCCUCCUUGUGCUUCACCUUCCUACUCUCCUUCCCCUGGGCCCAGUGAGAGGGCGUUGCUCUCAUUGCUCCACCCUCGACACCCUGUAGCCAGAAUUGGGCAACUGCCAUCUUAGCCCAAGGAUCAACAGACGUCACAGCAAGCCGAUCCCAGCUCUUCACCUUCCCUUACUUCAAAUUAAACAUUCCCAGAUAUUUCCCCUUUCCAGCAAGCAGAAUGGAAUAAGCGGCCCUAGAAGGGCGUUUUCUUGGAUCUAGAGAGCUUGUGUGGGAGCCACAAAUAAAUGGCAUAGUAUCUGCAACUCUGACCUCAGGAUGUCCCCAUCAGAAUGGCUGUGUGCAUUGGAACAUAGAAGAAAGUGCCUAAAAGAGGGAAAAAGCAAAUGCUGAGGCUCUGUCAUCACCGCUACAUUGCUGUAGAAAAGUGUAUUGAACAUUGUCUUCUAUUCCAUUUCAUCUCCCCACUCCUAUGAAGACUGUGGGCACACUGUGAAAUCUCCACAGUCCCCAGUGUCAGGAUUCCUGUGAACUGACCGUGAAAGCAAGAGUGACUUCUCCUAAGCAUUUGUUCUAGUCUAGCCGGAUCCCUGUCCUCUCCAUCCAGCUAUAAUGCCUGCCUUCUUUGCUCUGUUAGGCUGAAGAGACUGGGUAAACAUAGAAUCUUUUUGGCCUUCUGAGCCACCUGUGUUGUCUGAGCUUGACACUGGAUUUCACCUCCAAUUUGCUUUCUGAAAUUGUAGUUUUCAUAUGUCACAAUGGUACCAGUAUAGGGAAAGGGAACAAUAUUUUGGGCAAAAUGAAUAUGUGGUGUCCCCAGCCUUUUCAAAUAAUCGGUCUCUCAAAAGAGAACCAUCAAAUGAAGGAGUCUUAAGUUUCUUGCUCAUUUCUGAAAGACGUAGAAAGCUCUAAUUAUGACAAGAACUUAGUCACUCUGCUCCAUUGAGAUGAAAGUCCAUCCACAGGAGUAUUCCCUCUGCCGAUACCCAUCACCUAAUGCUGUAUCCUCUAGUAAGAAGAAUUGGG